CUUCCUUCAACAUGCGCACAUGUGAUACAAAUGUUACUCGUUCCUGAUUUGUGCAUCUUUUAAUUUGUAACGCAUAAGCUUUUAUACUUUUAUUUGGACUUUGAUAGAGAUGCAAGCGGAAAAUGAUUCCGGGCAGACCGACUUUCUACAGCCGUCUGAUAGUGAGAUACACGAAUGGAUGUCAAAAGCGUUUGACAUGGCAUCGGAUGCUCUUGAGAAUGGAGAGGUCCCAGUUGGCUGUCUGAUGGUUUAUAACAAUGAAGUUAUUGGGAAAGGAAGGAAUGAGGUCAACGAAACAAAAAAUGCUACACGACAUGCAGAGAUGGUUGCGCUGGACCAAGUGCUCGACUGGUGCCAUUUCAGAGAAAAGGACCCAAAGGUGGUGUGUGGACAGACUGUUCUAUAUGUGACAGUGGAGCCGUGCAUCAUGUGUGCAGCUGCUCUGCGUCUGCUACACAUUCCUCUUGUUGUUUACGGGUGCAAGAAUGAGCGCUUCGGAGGCUGUGGCUCAGUCAUGGAUGUCUCAUCGGAUGAUUUACCACAAACUGGGACUUCAUUUAAGUGCAUCUCGGGCUAUAGAGCAGAAGAGGCAGUGGAAAUGCUUAAGACUUUUUAUAAACAAGAAAACCCAAAUGCUCCUAAACCUAAAGUGAGGAAAGAUUCAAGUAGUCCACCAGGGGGCGAUGUAGUCAAUCAGAUAAAGCCACAAAAGGACGGGAAAGAAACAAUAGCUCCAUUAAGCUGAAAUGGUAAAAUAAGGCUUUUGGCUUGUAUUUCUUUCAUCAAAUAAUUUGAACCUUCAGACGUUUGCCUUGCCAGUGUUUGGAUUUCAGAGAUUUUCAAUCUGACUUUUUGUAGAUGUAACUGCUUUUUUGUGAAUCCAUAAGGAACCAGCUAUCACAUUGCCUCAUUAGCUGGACCACAUCACUUGUAAACCUCAGACUUCCAACAUUCUCCUUUGUGGCUUUCAUGUGCGCCUAAAAGCCGCGUUUGAUUUGUUAACAGCGCGUUAAGGUGAUAGACUGAGCCUGCAGUGCAUUACAGCACGGUUUCAUCUUGCUCUCCACAUGUCCUCGUUUAACCCAGAAGAUUGCAUCUGAACCCUCGAUGAUCUCAGUCGUGGUCUCACCGAGCAGAUGCAUGGGCAGAACCUGGUGGAGUUUCCGCUUACCUCAUAUCGGCAGACUUUAAUUUGAAAGCGCACCUGUGUUGAAUUUGGUGACAUAAAAACUUUCAUUAUUACUCCGGAUAUGUUUGAACUUUCAUCACUUCACUUGUCAUGUUGCAUUUCUGGUUAUUAGAGUUUACUGUAGCUCACAUGAACUGUACCGUAAUGGUCGCUGAACCUCACAUUAUUAAACUGUCAUGUAAUGUGUUAUUAGUGGCUUGAAACGGGUGUGGGUGCAUGAAAGGGAAAUCGAGUGGUUUUGGAUGUCUAUGUGAGGUCUACAUUGUUAGAUCUGCUGUAUUUCAAUACUUGUCAUCUUGGUUACUGGUCUGCUAGCCAUGUAUUUGAAGUAUACUCUCAUCAGUCAGUUAUGACUCUGUUUUUGUCAUUGCAAAGUGGAGAUCGCAUGCGUUUUAUUCUUUUGUGAUGAAUGAUCGGACAUUGAAUACUCACAGCUGUUUUUUUUUUAAGGUGAAUGUACUUGUCUUGAUGUUGAAAUGACAGGAUGUGUCACAAAUAAAUGUGAAAAGCUCA